AUGAGCUAUUUAUCUACUAUAAGACCAAUUGAAAUAAAUGAACAAAAUAUUGAUCUAGAACAGGAGGAUUUCUAUCAAAUAUAACUGAGAAUUUUAUAAAAUGAUAAGAAUUAACAAUUAAACAAAAAGCUUAAGUUCAAUCAAACUACUCAGUCCUAUGGUAUUGCUUGCAUUUGUGAUUACUUAGUCAUCAGGGUAUAAAAUAUUUAGGAAAAUGGUAUACUCUAUUAUUAUCUAGGAUUUUCUAAUAUCAAGGUAAAAAUGAUCUCAAAUUCAUAAGCCAACGAGUAACUCCAUUUAUAAGCUUUGAUUUGGCAUAUAAAUUAAGCUUAAGAAAGAAUUUUGAUAACCUUUAAUACCACAUCAGAAUACGAAAAAAUAUGUCUAAACUUUAAAAAGCAUUCGAUAAUAUAUGGUAUUGAUAUCAAUAGACAAUAUAAAUUUAAGCAAUAUCUUGGAAGCGGAAACUAGGCUGAGGUUUCCUUAUAUAAGGAUCUCAUUACCAAGAAGCUAUAUGCGAUAAAAUCAUAUUUAAACAUCAACAGUGAAUGCAAAAGAGUUAUGAUGAGGGAAAUAAACAUUUUAAGACAGUUGAAAACUUGCCCUGGAGUAAUAAAAUUAAAAAGAGUGUACUAAUAUAAAUCAGACUUUCACCUUGUUUUUGAAUAUGCUAAAUACGGAUCUCUUUAAGAAUAUGCAUUAUAGAACUCACCUCUUAAUGAGAAAGAUUGCAUUAAGAUCUUAAAAUAGCUCCUUGAAAUAUUAAACUUCAUGCAUCAGAAAGGAAUUAUUCACAGAGAUUUGAAAGCUGAUAAUAUUUUAAUCAAAGAUCAAAGUAAGAUGCUUAUCUGCAUUAGUGAUUUUGGCAUAGCAAUAAAUGAAAAGGAUUUUAUCAAUAGUAAAAUAAAAUGUGGGACUCCUGGAUAUGUUGAUCCUUCAGUAUUAAAGGGAGAAAGAUUCUCAACGAAGAGUGACUUAUUUAGUUUAGCAUGCACCUUUUAUAACUUACUUACGAAAGAACAUAUUUUUCCAGGCAAUACAGUUGAACAAGUUCUAUUUAAUAACACUAACUUGGAUCCUCAAUAACGCUUGCUUCGAUAAAAUUUGAAUUUAAGCAGAGGAUUCUUAGAAAUUAUGAACAUGAUGUUUGAGAGAGACUAAAAUAAAAGAGUUACAGCUGCUUAGUGCUUAAAGGUGAGUAAAAUCCUUCACUUGUUCUGA